AUGUCCGGCGGUUUCGCGGUUUUGCUCGACGACGUCGAGGAUCUCGCGCAGGAUCUCGCGCGGUUCGCGCUCGCGGACGCGCCGGCGUCGUGCUCCGACCGCGACGCGUCCGGAUCGGACGGCGACGACGACGGUCACCCUCGACCGCGCGGUGCCGACAUCGUCCGCGUCGCUCCGUCCACCGUCGCGCCGCCCGAGCGCCCGCUGACGUCGACACCGCCGCGGGUGAUCCUCCUGGACGACCCGGGAUCGUGCGCGGACGCGAUGCGCGAGCUCAUCGCCCGCGGCGAGCCGUGCGCGGUGGACUUCGAGGGCGUCGCGCUGUCGCGCACUGGCGCCAUCUCUCUCGCGCAGGUGGCGCCGCCGAACGGACCCGUCUACCUCGUCGACGUGGCGUGCAUGGGCGCCGCCGCCUUCGACGAGGGCCGCCUGGGCGAGCUCCUGGGCGCGACGCACCCGCUCAAGCUCGUCUUCGACUGCCGCGGCGACGCGGACGCGCUCCACCACCAGUUCGGCGUGCGCAUGCGCGGCGUCUUCGACGUGCAAGUGGCGUUCUGUCUCAAGAAGGACGUGGACCACGGCGGGAAGCGAGGCGCGUACCUCAUGGGCCUGCGCAAGGCGCUGAAGGAGUGCCCGGGGUUGGACGACGAGGCACGUCACGAGUUGGACGCCGUCAAGUCCGCGGGCGCGUCGUUAUUCGCCCCGGAGCUGGGAGGUUCGUACGACGCGUGGACGAAGCGACCGAUGCAUCCCGACUUGGUCAAAUACGCCGCAGCCGACGUCACGUACUUGCACCACAUGCACCGGACGUGGCGAGGGUUUUGCGGGGAGAAGAAGAUGGCGGCGGUGACGGAGCGACGGAUGCGGGAGAGGAUCGAGUCCCCCGAGGGGUUGGAGCAGGGGACGGAGGCGGCGAAACGACGGGGGUCCAGGCGAGAGAAGUUCUUCUGA